GACGUCCUCAGACCUUCAGGUAACUCAUUUGUUUCUUCUGUAGCCUACUUGCCAACUUAGUCUUAGUCUCAUGAGUCUCCGGUGGUUAUGUGAAAAAAGGGACGAAUUAACCAAACCGUGACAAAUCGGCGCUUCUCCUUGUGUGUUUGCAAAUCCGUUUAUUUUGCUCCCUCCCUUCAAGUAGAGCAAAAACUCGACGUGGGACGCUACUGAGCCAAGGAGAGCAACAGUUGAGCUCUAAAAUCUCACUCCGCCGUGCUCCUUUCAGUCGCAACGCACUUUUAUGCACAAUACUGUAAGGCUGUUACAUGUACGGAAGUUAAAUGAUGGCUUUUUCGCUGUGUAGAGCAACUGUUAUCUUGUUGAUGCUCCUGCAGAUGGUUGGAUUUUCUUGUUCACUCAGGCGGACUGCAGACAGUGGUUUGGAGACCCUUAGUCCCCCCCUUGAUGUGGAGCUAGAGACGCUGAACUGCACCGCAGUUGCUGUCAGGUGGAGGGUGCCACGGCGACAUGUCACCGCUGUCAUGGGUUACCGGGUGUUCUUAACAGAGGUGAAGAACAACAGUCCUGUAGGAACACCUAUUGCACGGAAUAUGCCUCUCCGCGUAGACAUGUUAAGAAGGGUGCCAUGGGAUGGACUUGUCGACUUUAGCAUGGAGGUGUCCAAUCUGAAGAAUGAUACCCAGUACCAUGUGACCAUAGCAGCCUAUGGGUGGGCGGGGGAGGGGCGACCCAGCAUGCCCAGGGACAUAAUGCCAGCCUCCCACGAGAGAUGCCUCAGGCCAGCGUCCCCCUCAGCACCGCAUGUGGUAGCAGCAUCUCAUACAGAAAUCGUGUUGUCAUGGAAACCGGGUCCAACCGAAGGGGCUUCACCUGUUCAGCAGUUCCUGGUUUCCUACACCAGACCAGAGGUGGACUCAGAGUGGACAUCUCUUCGUGUGCCGGUUCAGACCAACUCCAUGGUUCUGAGAGGACUGAGUCCAGACACACUCUACCAGUUUAUGGUCCAAGCAGUGAAUUCUAACGGCGCCAGUGACCCGAGCUCCAUCAAUGGCAUUUGGACUCUCAGUAUUCAAGAGGCUGGCAGUGGAGCACUCAGUAAACAGCGUCUCAUCCACCCCAUCGCCAACGACGAGGCUGUCAUUGUUGACUAUGACUACAGAGCAAACACUGAGGAGCUCUCUCCCAGUAAAGACUUCAAGAAGCCUCAGGUGACCUCCCGACCAGAAGCCCCAGCCUCACAGAUAAGUGGCAACGUCUGGAGAUUUGCCCCCUUGCCUGCCGUAUCCACCCCCUCUGAUGCCCCCUCCGAUGCCCCCUCUGGCACCACCCUCGGCCCUCCCCUGCCCCCUUCGGCACCAAUGACCCAGUGGCGGGGGGCGCUGAGGCGCCUGUACGACCUGCCCUGCGAGGACACCGUGUGCCCCUCCCACACCAUCUGCGUGGACGACCACGCCAGCGGGGGCUCCCGAUGCCAGUGCAGCCUGGGCAGAGGAGGGCAGUCCUGCUCCGAGGUUGUAGCGGUUCAGUUCCCUCGGCUGUAUGGUGAUUCCUACAUGGCCUUUGACCCUCUGAAGAACUCCUUCCACUCCUUUCAGAUCAGCCUGGAGUUCAAGGCAGACAAUGAGGACGGUCUCCUGUUCUACUGCGGUGAGAAUGAACACGGAUACGGGGACUUCGCCUCUCUGGCUCUGUACCGAGGGAAGCUGCACUUCAGGUAUAACUGUGGGACCGGAGCGGCUCAUCUGGUGAGUGAGAGGGGGGUGGUCACGGGCCAGUGGCACAGCGUAAGCGUCAACAGGGAGGGCACGACCGGCUGGCUCCGACUGGAUAAUCACACGCCUACCACAGGACAGUCACAGGGAACAUACACCAAGAUCACUUUCCGCACUCCACUCUAUGUGGGCGGGACUCCCAAUGGCUAUUGGCUGGCGAGGGCUGCAGGAACCAACCGAGGGUUUCAGGGUUGCCUGCAGAGCCUGUCAGUCAACCGCAGAGUGGUGGACAUGAGGCCCUGGCCACUGGGGCGUGCCCUCUCUGGGGCUGACGUGGGUGAGUGCAGUGACCAUGCCUGCUCAGGGGUGUUCUGUGCCAACGGGGGAACGUGCUUCAGCAGUCAAGCAGAUGCCCACAUUUGCCUGUGCCCGCUGGGAUACAGAGGACCGCUGUGCCAAGAGAAGUUCUGGCUGUCGGUGCCACACUUCAACGAGUCGCUGCUGUCUUACGCUAGCGCCCCCUGGCCUCAUCCACAGCGCCACUACCUGUCCUUCACCGAGUUUGAGAUCACCUUCCGGCCCUCCGCACCCCACGGAACCCUGCUCUACUGCCAGGACGCCAACAGCAGCGACUUCCUGUCCGUCACUCUGGUGGACGGCCAUGUGGAGUUCCGCUUUGACUGUGGCUCAGGAGCGGCAGUUCUCAGGAGUGAGGAGGCUGUCAGCUUGUUCAGCUGGCAUGAGGCUCGGGCAUCUCGCACGGCCAGAAAGGGCAUCUUGCAAGUGGACAGCCAGAGAACUGUGGAGGGCAUGGCAGAUGGCGCGUUCACUCAGAUCCGCUGUAGCUCUCCUCUGUACCUGGGGGGAGUCCCGGACUACAGUGCCACCCGGAGGGACUCUGGAGUACCGGAGCCAUUUACUGGGAGCAUCCAGCAGGUCUUGCUGAAUGACCAUGUGAUCCCGCUCACUGCGUCCUCAUUGGAGGGGGUGAAUGUGGGGAACGCGGAGCACCCCUGCGGUACCCGCCCGUGUGCCAACGCUGGGUCGUGUCAGCCCAGAGCAGACCAGUACCAAUGCGACUGUCCAAUAGGCUUCCACGGAAACCACUGUCAGAAAGGCUGUGCGGGCCAGUGCCUCGACAUUGUGACAGAAGACAUUGAGGUUCCCCUCUUCACUGGUAGAAGCUACCUCAAAUUUGACCGCAGAAAUAUUUUGAAACGGCUCUCUGGCUUGCGGACCCAUGUGCAGCUGCGCUUCCGAUGCUCUGCCCCCAAUGGGCUCUUGCUGUGGCGAGGGGAGGGGCCAGGUCUCGCUGGCGCUGACUUCAUGUCGCUGGCUUUGCAGGGCGGAGCGCUCAUCUUCAGCUUUGAUCUUGGUAGUGGACUUGGCACGGUGGUGGUCAAUGGAACUUUUAAUGAUGGUCGCUGGCACCAGUUGAAAGCAGUGAGAGAUGGGCAAUAUGGCCGGCUGGUCGUGAAUGGUCAGAAGACAGGUAGGGGACAGUCUCCAGGGAGAAUGAGGCAGCUCAACUCCAAUGGACCUCUGUAUAUAGGGGGGAUGAAGCAGAUCUCCCUGCACACUCACAGGCAGUACAUGAGGGGCCUGGUCGGCUGCAUCUCCCACCUUUCGCUCUCCGCCAACUUCCACAUCUCCUUGAUGGAGGAGGCCUCGGAUGGCAAGAACAUUGACACGUGUCUCGAGUGACCUGUGGACCUACCAGGCACCUCCCUCACGGGCCCUCUCCUCCUCCGUCAGCUGACUAGCUCAAACAGCUUUCAAUUUUUCUUUGAUAAACUUGUAACAGUGUGUGGCCAUGAGCUUGGAUAAGGUUGUACUAUGCAGGGCCUCUUCUCCAUCAGUAUGACGUCUUAGGCGCAGUCCUUUGUGGCCCUAUAGCCCCUCUCUACAGCCUUGGGCCCUGCAGAAGCCCUCCAAUCACAAAGCCACUCUUCAUGGAGCCCCAUCCCCCACUAGGUCCUUGUGUCAUUGUGUCCCACCUUCAACACACCUCUUCUCCUAUUCAGUCCAUAUGACAUCAACAUCACAAACAUGUGUUAAGGAGAGACAAACAUGUGUUAAGGAGAGACAAACAUGUGUUAAGGAGAUACAAACAUGUGUUAAGGAGAGACAACCGGCACAAGGAGACACUUGCUCCACAGUGAAGAACCCUUCGACAUGAUCAGCUUCUUUUCAGCACUCAAGAACGCUGUUUUGCCAGCAACUCGUUUAUGUGUUUUUAAUGUUACAAAUGUUUUCCUAGGGCCUGAAGCUUUCCAAAAUUAUGUUUGUAAUUACUUUUCCUCAAACCUCUUCCUAAGUUUAAAAAAAAAAGAAAAACUCUAGUUUUCUUGUAUUCUAGUUGGCUAGCACCAGCCAUGCCCUCUGAACUGCAUCUCAUUUAAUUCACGAGGAAAGGAGUGGAUUUGCCUGGAUCACCCAGAGCUUGUGUACACACUCUACUUCCCAGGGCUGCCAACACUAAUGUUGUUUGCCUAAAAUGUUUAUUUAUGUUUAUUUUUUCACCUAAAAUCCAGACAACCACAAACGUAACCCUCACGUAGACCCUUUGCAAACACAAGAACAUGUGUCAUCCAUUAUAAAUGCAUCAACGUUUGACCAACAGAAGGAAUCAAACACAAAGGCUGAGAACUAGGUCUCAUUCAGCACAAAGAUGCUGCAUCUCCCAAAGGACUUUAUUUUUUAUUUAUUGCGCUUCAGCAUGCCUUAGAACGACCUUGUAUGUUCUUUGUUCUUCAAACGGAAUGUUUGUUAGUUUUUUUUUGUGAAGAUGUUCUGCCAAUCGGACUGCUGGCGCUGAGGUAGCAACAGAAGAGGAGGAGGAGGAGGAGAGGAGAAAAGGUUUCUCUGCCCUGGACAUGCGGUGCCGUCGCGUGUCUGUAAGAUCUGCCCCCGCGGUGCUCGGUCAGCUGGAGCUGUCAUGGCGGCUGAUCUGAUGAUGGCUGGCUGACUGCAAGGCUGUGUUUGGAUCCGGCAGACACCUGUUCGUUGUCCAUGUCAUUUUACCAGAUAUAGCACCACUUCGGGGUCAUUAUGCAAAAAAAAAUGUGGACUCUCACUGAAGGCUUCCCUGCUCUCUGUAGGUGCAUACAGAUUUAUCUGACAUCACAGACUGUUUUGCAUACUACGUUGAACUACAGAACAUAGCCCCUCUUGUUUAUGCACUGUAUUACGUUUUUAUGUUGUCUGUGCACCGUCUUUGUUUGCUUUCCCAGUUCAGCUGUUCAGUCUAUGAAGGGCUUGUUUUGUCUGUUGCCUCUGUGUGGUAUUGUGCAAUACACUCCAGGCCUGAUUACUGAGAGCACACACCACCCCUGAUGAACUUUUACCCUCACAACUUCCAACUCCAUUCUGCCCCGUUUUAACUAGUGUCUUUCCCAGUGAGAAACUAUUUCAUUCCCAAAAUGAGGCUGUUGAUUAUUGCUUCGUGACUACUGAAAGCAACUGUUUUAAUGCUUUAUUAAAGUUAUUUUUAUUUAUAUUGUG